AUGGGCAAUAAUAUUUCUGACCCGUCUAUUCACUUAGUAAAAAGUGACUGUUUGAGAGGCGGAUUUGCGAUCUAUAAAAAUGAUAAUUAUGAGGUUUCAUUCCAUCAUACUGUUCAACCUACAUAUAACAAGUUUCGCAUUAUCAAGUACCUUAAGACACAUACGACAACUAAUAGAAAUGAUGAUUCGCAAAGUGAUGUGAAAAUUAGUACGUGUGCAAACGUGCUUGCGUGUGAUUAUCUACUAAGCUCGUCGAUACCUGUUAGGCUGCGUCAUCCGUCUAUUCUUCGUGUCCACAAGGCUUGUUCUGAUGGACUUAACAGUUUGUACUUGGUGGUUGAAAACUCAGUCCCAUUUAGUGCUUUCGUUACCAAUCCCACAAUGGAUGACCUACUAGCUGGGUCCUAUAGUCUUCUCUCUGCUCUCAACUUCCUGCAUAAUACACUUGGAGUUUCGCACAAUAACGUGGAUACUACCAGCGUAUUUAUUGAUUCGAAUAUGUGUUGGAAGUUGUGCGGUUUUGAGCUCGCGCUGGAAUUUAAGAAUAUGUCUGCUGACCAUAUACGAAGAAUUGAAGCUUUAAAGGGACAACAAGACGCAAAAGUGGGUCAAACAAAAUUAUUUGACGCUUUUCAGGCUUUAAAUUUUGAUCCGGCGUAUGCCUUCUGUUAUGAUAUAUAUUGUUUUAGUCGAAUGAUUUGUACGCUAACUGAUAUAGGAGAAGGUCCUUUCUAUAAUCUCGUACAGGUUUUAAUUAACUCUUGCAUGCAUAGUUUACCCAAAGCGCGUAUACCUUCUGACCACCUAUUAGCUCACCCAUCUUUCAAGAGCCCAUAUAUAUCCACAUUGGAUUUUUUAGACACAUAUGUGAGUCGUAGUGAUGAGGAGAAGGAAGUGUUCUUCAGAUCAUUUACAGAAAAAGUAUUUAACAGGAUAUCAGAAGAGUUAUUUUGUCGCAAUAUUUUACCAAAAAUGUUCGAAAACACUAUCUUUCUUGAUUAUCCGGCUCAAACCCUACUUGCUCAGAUUUUCCACGCUUUCGAAGAAAACCUUCAAGAGUCACCCAAAUCCAAAUUGAUCAUAUCUCUUCGAAAUUUUCAAAAGUUUGUCAAUCCUUUAAUUGUUCAAAAAUUUAUGGUUAACGAGAGACACACACGUAUUUUGUUACUUCAGCACUUCACUGGCUAUUUAAAAAUAUUAACUGAUAGUGAUUUGUUAAAUGUGAUAUUACCACAAAUAUGUCGUGGAGUUUUCGAUAGUCAUAAUGCACUAUCAGUUUUAAGUUUACAAGCGUUAGGAUGUCUUGCUAGUCGUUUGAAUGCUACUGUUGUUUUAAAUCAUUUACGUCGGAUCGAAGAAAGCCUAUGUAAAGCUGGCAGUUUAUCUAAUAAUUUUAAUCAUAGUAGGAGCACUGACGGAAAUAAUAGAUUUCUUACUUAUGUAUGGCCUCGUAAUAAUCUAUUUUAUGAAGCUGCACCAAAAAUUAAUCGAACCAAUCGGGAAAUUCCUUUAUGUGAGAAGAAACAAACCCAUGUGUUGAAUGAAUCCAGUCGACCGUUAGCUCAAUUGGCCGUUUUUUCUCCAAAUUAUGAUCCAUCUAUGAAUUCCUGUUUUUUAAGCUGUACGGAUACGGAUGACCUUUCCACUGAUUCUCGUCCAUGGAAUAUAAUAUUUGUAUGAAUAUGCAUCAAUAUUUGAAUAAAUAGUUUAACGGAAAUUGGGCAUUCAAUAUAUGAAAGAGAUUGUGUGUAAAAAUUGUUUGAAAUAAUCUCGGCGAAUUAAAUUUAGUUUAUUCCAACGUUUUGUUGAAUAAUCUUAUGUGGACUUGCCAUGUUUGAGGAGAUUACCAUUUCAUCUAAAUCUGCGAACGGAACGAAGACUCGGCAACACAAUAACGAAAUAAGCUAACUAUUCCGAUGCGUCCCAGCCCCGCUAACUA